AUCAAAAUUAUUAGUCACAUGGAAAUUAAAAUAUCUAAGUAUAUUUCCUUAUCUGGCCAAGCUUAUCAUUAGCUUCCGAAAACAUCAACAGAACAAUAAAAAGAUAACGAUUUACUUAAAUAUAGCUUUAGACAAGUUUUAAAUUUAGUUGUCACUGAUUUUUAAGAUUGCUUACAAGUUAUAUUUAAAAAAAAAAAAAAAAAACAACAGACAAUUAUAUAACUUUAAUUUGUCAAUCAAAAUUAUUUACAUUCAAGCUCAUAACACGUACAAUUAUUUUUAAAAAAAUUAUGGAAAUAAAUUAUCUAUUAUACUACAAAUAAAAUAAUUAAAAAAUUAUUUAAUUUGUAAAAAGUAAAUUAAAAAUUAACAUUUACUUUUACAGCUGAUAGUAAGUUAUCAAUUUUUUUUUUUUUUUUUCCAUUCUACAUUUAGUAAAGAAAAAAAAAAAAAAAUUUGUUAAAUGAUAACAAAAUUUAUUGACUUUGUACGAUUAAAUUAGGACAAGUAUGGCGUUAGUAAUCAUGCGCACAUCUAUAUGCAUAAAUAUAAUUUACAAAACCGCGUACAUGUAAUUAAACGAGUAUCAUGUGUUGCAUUCUACAAAUACUCUUACAAUUAAAACAAUACGUAGUUCAUGAUAAAAAAAUUAAAAAAAAAAAAAACUCGUGACGUAUUUGUGUAGCUAAGUCAUUAAAUCAUAAUAUACACGUGUGUAAUAUCAUUGUCUCGUGUGUUGUUUUAUUACAUUUAGUAUAGAUUAAAAAGAAAAAAAAAAUUUUUUUUCAAGUGUUUAUAAAUAAUUAAAAAACAAUUAAAUAAAAUAUAAUUUCUUUUUUUUUUUUUGGCAUCAUUUUAAGUUUUUUUUUUAAAUUUUUAAAAAUUUUUUACGAUGGCUGAUUUGUUGGUAUAUUAAUGUGACGCGAAUGGGCUCACUUUAAUAAACCAACCAGCAACGUCAACUUCAAAGAGGUCGGGAUGAUGGCUAGAGAGGAUUGACGACGAUCAUGAUGAGGAGGAGGAGGGCAAUAUUUGUGUUGUAACAGGUUUCCACGUUGCGUGUUUUCAUGACACUCUACAAAUAUAAAGAGUCUGGAAAUUUGAGUAUAAUGGUUCCAAGUGAUAGAACAUUGCAUGAUGCGAUUCAGGUGGCACCAUUGGAAAUUCCUGAUGACGUUAAAAGACAAAAGAUUGAAAAUUUGUUGGAACAAAUGAGAUUGUCAGCAGCAACUGUUAGAAAAAUUCAAGAUGUUUUUUUAUCAGAAAUGAUAAAAGGCAUUCAUCAACAAGAUUCAUCAUUGCAAAUGGAAAAUACAUAUAUUCCAGAAUUGCCUGAUGGAACUGAGGAAGGACUUUUUUUAGCUCUUGAUCUUGGUGGAACAAAUUUUAGAGUACUCUUACUUGAACUUGUAAAUGGUGUUGUUGUCAGAGAAGACGUAAAAAAAUAUCACAUUGAUGCUCAUCUUAGAACUGGCUCGGGUAUUCCUCUAUUUGAGUAUCUUGCUGAAUGUGUCAGUAAUUUUGUCAUCAGCGAGGGUCUUCAAGACGUAGAGCUUCCUUUAGGUUUUACAUUUUCAUUUCCAAUGAUACAACAUUCACUUGAUGUUGGUAUACUUGUAACAUGGACAAAAAGUUUUAAUUGUCCUGAUGUUGUUAAUAAGGAUGCAGUACAAUUAUUGAGAGAAGCAUUGGAUAGACGUGGUGAUACAAGAGUACAAGUUGUUGCUGUUUUAAAUGAUACAACUGGUACACUUGUUCAAGGUGCAACACAAGAUCCACACACAGCAAUUGGUCUUGUUUUAGGUACUGGUAGUAAUGCUUGUUAUCUUGAACGUGCUGAUAAAGUUGAACAUUGGGAACCAGAAAGACAUGGAGAAAAAGAAGUAAUUAUUGACAUUGAAUGGGGAGCAUUUGGUGAUAAUGGUGUUUUAGAUUUUAUCAAGACAGAUUUUGAUUUGGAAAAUGAUGCUAAUUCAUUGCUUGUUAAUUCAUUUACAUUUGAAAAAUAUAUAAGUGGUAAAUAUCUUGGUGAAGUUGUGAGAAUAAUACUUGCAAAAUUGUGUAAAGAUGGUUUGUUAUAUACAAAACAAACACCAGAAUCUCUUUUUACUACUGGUAAAUUUUUGACUGAUUAUAUAUCUAUGAUUGAACAAGAUACUGUUGAUGGUGGUAGUGACAAUGCCAAGGAAGUUUUAACUAAAUUUGGUAUUAAUCCUGAUGAAGAGGAUCUUAAAAUAACACAAUAUGUAUGUGAAGUUGCAUCAAAUCGUGCUGCAUUAUUAGUUUCAAUAUGUGCAGCAACACUUUUGGAUCACAUGGAAAGAGAAGAUGUUACAAUAGCUGUUGAUGGAUCAUUAUAUGAACAUCAUCCACGAUUAGAAACCUGGAUGAAUCAAUACAUUAGUCUUCUUGCACCUGCUCGCAAAUUUAAAUUAAUUCAUGCACAAGAUGGCAGUGGAAAAGGAGCUGCAAUUGUUGCUGCAAUUGCUCUCAAGUUAAAAAAGCGAUUUGAAUGAAAUAUAAUAAUUGAAAUAAUAAAAAAAAAAAAACAAAAAGACACCAGUUGUUUAAAUAAUUUUGCACGGCUUUGCCUUUUGUGAUGAUUUACAUAUUUGCCAAUUGAUUUAGUAAAUAUUUCACAAUGAUAAUGAAAUUUUACACGAGUCUUUCGAUCAAAAUUUUUUAACAACGUGGAUUAUCUUCUUAUUUUGAUCAAAUCAAUUGUUUUUAUUUCAAUAAGCUGAUAGUAUAAUUUAAUUUUUAUUCUAUGCAGUUUUAUGUAACACGUUUUUUAGAGUAUAGAAAAAAAAAAACAAUCCAUAUAAUUAGCUCAGGAAGCUUCCUUAUUUUUUUUAAUUUUAUUUUAAUAUUGUUGUUUAUGAAAAAUUUUUAAAAAGAUAAAUUGAUAAAUAUAUCAUAUGGUAGUUGAAUAGUUUUCAUUUUGGAAUAUUGAGGCAUUCCAGUUGUACAUAAAACUUAAGAAAUUAUAAAUAUUUUUAAUAUUAAUUAAAAAGAACAACGUUAAAUUUAUAUUGCACAUUAAUUAAUAAUCAAAAUUUUGAUAUUUUAUUUUUUUUUUUAAAAUUGAUUGAAGAUUAAAAUAUACUUUGAUAUAAUUUUUUAUAUGUAUAAAAUAAUAUUGUAAUGAAAAGAAAAUUUGGGUUAUUUUAAAAAUAUGAAAAUUGUCAUUUGUAAAUUAGUAAUUUAAUUUUCUUAUAAAUAAAUAAAUAAAUAAAAUGACAAG